AUGUUCAAAAGGAUCCUGUCGUGCUGUUGUUCUUCAGAAGGCCGGAAGUCGGCGGAUGCGCAGACAGGCGUCCAGGGCGGAGCGGUGCACCAAGGGGGUGAGGCUGGUGGCGAUAUGAAUAUUCUGCAGUUGAUUCAGUCCAUGCUUGAAGGACCCAUUGUCCAGAUUGUCACAUCCCGGCUGGCCGGCGGUGCCCCUUCCCCUCGCUUCCCAGAGGCGCUGGCUGCCGAGUUGGAGCACCUGGAGAACUACGAAACUGCCAAAAAGCUCGCUCAAGUGAUCGCCGCAGGUCCCACCACCCAGAACAUCGCCAUGGCCCGCAUGCUAGCCAUCCAACUCGCCAAGGAACUCGUAGACGCCGCCGACAAGGUUUUCCCCAUUGUCGACCCGGCCACCGCCGUCCCCGUGGCUCCUGGAACAGAGACCCCCGCCGCUGCCGCCCCAGCAGCUACGACUACGACCACCGCCGCUGCGCCUACCACUCCCGCCGCUGUGACCUCGACUCCCACCCCUGCGCCGGUCGCUGAGGCCCCCGUGGCUGCGACUACUCCUACCACCCCUGCGGUUACUACGGCCUCCACCGUGGCGCCCGCCACCGAGUCUGCUCCUGCCGUUCCUACCACGGUCGUAAAGGCUGCCGCCACAGUGGCACCUGCCGAGGAGGAAGCUGGUGUUAAGGAGGAAGGAAAUGACGCGUCGGCGAAACCUGACGCGUCGGCGAAACCUGCUUCUUCUGCGCAGGCCACGCCUGCGGUCGGCGAAGCGGACAUUGUCGAGGCGGAGGAUGUCGGGACGGAAGAGAGCGAUGAGGAGUUCGACAGCGAGGAGUUGAGCAGUGACGAGCUGUACAGCGAAGAGGAUACGGACGAGGAGACGGACGAGGAGUACUCACCGGAGAUGCUCGAAGGGCUUAUGCAGCAGCUUGCCGGUGAAGGAAGCUCGGCGGAACUGCAGCAACUGGCAGCAAGCAUUGCUUCAGGAGCACCCGUUUCGAUGAAGCAAAUUGAGAGCUUGGUAGCCCAAGGUUUGGUCACGGCAGGAGAGGAUGAAACUGAAGCCGAUGCCGAAACUGAGGCCAAGAGGGUCGUGGUUCCCAGGGUACAACUCGAGGACCCGGCGGUGCCCCGGUCAUAA